GACAGACCAUGGUUGGGAGGGGCUAUACAUUCCUUCCCAAAAAACAGUAGCCUGUCACUGGGUAAUACUCACAUGGGAGGAGCUGAUACACCUGUACAAGACAGGAGGGGAGGAGCCGAUACACCUGUACAAGACAGGAGGGGAGGAGCCGGUACACCUGUACAAGACAGGAGGGGAGGAGCCGGUACACCUGUACAAGACAGGAGGGGAGGAGCCGGUACACCUGUACAAGACAGGAGGGGAGGAGCCGGUACACCUGUACAAGACAGGAGGGGAGGAGCCGGUACACCUGUACAAGACAGGAGGGGAGGAGCCGGUACACCUGUGCAAGACAGGAGGGGAGGAGCCGGUACACCUGUGCAAGACAGGAGGGGAGGAGCCGGUACACCUGUGCAAGACAGGAGGGGAGGAGCCGGUACACCUGUGCAAGACAGGCGGGGACGGGCCGGUACACCUGUACAAGACUGAAGGGGAGGGGCCGGUACACCUGUACAAGACUGAAGGGGAGGGGCCGGUACACCUGUACAAGACUGAAGGGGAGGGGCCGGUACACCUGUACAAGACUGAAGGGGAGGGGCCGGUACACCUGUACAAGACU